AUGAGUAAAUAAGAUUUUCAUAUCACAAAUGAAUAUUAAUGCACAUACAGAAACAUAUCUAAUAAUGAUGAUUAACUAGUAAACACUAUUUCUAAAAGUCUUCAUUUACAAACUGUUUAUUCUAGAGGUAAAAAGCUUGUACCAUCUUAAUUUUUAAGAAAAUCAACAGACUAGCAGAACCUAAAUAUGAUUGAGUAAAAAAAAAUUUCACCCAAAAAAUAUUCUCAAUCAAAAUUGUAAAUUCUUCUUUAAAACAACUCAAACAAAUUUGUCAAUGCAAAAUAAUUAUUAAAUAAAUAUUCUCAAAAAUGCAGCAAUAUUAAAAUAGUUGAUUAGGCAGCUAAUCAAUCAAAUAUGAGCUAGCAAAAUAAGAAUUAAAACAUGAACUCUUAAAAUUAGCAAAAUUAUGAGCAACUUAGUAAAAAGAAAUUUAGAAGAAUAGACCAUUCAAUAAAAUUUAACACUGAGCCUAAGAAAAUAUAAUAAAAUAAAGUUAGUGUACCUUUUUCUGCUUCCCCAAGUAAGAGAAAACUAGUAAAUUUCUAAUAACCAAAAUUCAAGGAUGACUUCUCAGAAGAUGAUAAUGAAAAUUAUUACUUACCUUAAGUAGAAUAGCUCUCAAAAAAAAUGGUUGUUUCUAAGUAGAGAUCCUCAUCACCUUUAAAAAAUUUGAGAACAAACUCCAACGCAAUAAAAGGUUAAAAAAACGAAAACUUUAAAAUAAGUCUUAAAGUAAAUAAAAGAUAUAUCCAUAAUUUAGAGUAAUAAUCAACUAGAAGAGAAGAAGCAUCAUCAUCAUCUUUUUAUUAAAAUUCACAAAGAACUGCUAUAAUUCCUCAAAAUUAAAUAAUAAGAGAAUAAUUAAAUUAAAAAUAAAAUUAGGAGAAAUAAAAACAAUAAUAACCUAUUUUUUCUAGUGAGGAGGAGAACAAAGUGACUAAUGAUGAAACAGAAUUUAGCGAUGAUAUGUUUAAGCACAAUAUUCACAAUAUUUCAAAAGAAGAUUAGAAAACUGUAAAAAUGAGUGAAAUAUAAAUUUAAAGGAGAGAUGGCUUCAUUAAAAAAAUUCAAAAAAAUGAUGAAAAGGAUGUUAAAAAAUAGAAAUCAAUAAUUUCAUCAAAUAAUCUUAGUUUGAAUUCUACAGAUUCGCAAGAUGAGAAUACCUCAACUAAAUCUAAAAUUUGUGAAAAAAACCCUUAACUAAGUGAAGAUCCUAUAAAUUAAGAGUUCUUGGAGGAGUUUACACAAGUAAAUAAGCUAUUUGUUUAGGAUAACUUAGAAUUAUAAGUCUUAAUUGAUCGCGAGAGAGUUCAAUUAUUUCAUAAAAAAUCUUCCUCUGCUGAUGUAAUGGUUAGCAUUAAUCUACCAGAAAAAACAGAAUCUGCAAUUAAUCGUUAUGUAAGCAUGCUAAGAAAAGUAAAAUUAGAAGCUAUCGAAAAAAAUUCUAAUUCAUAAAUAAAUUGCAAGAAAUAUUAAACAAAAGACUACACUUGGAGUCCAUAUGACUUAGUCAUCCUCAUUGAUGACAAUAUUUCUGUAAAGAAUAUGACUAGUAUCAAAAGUUCUAUUAAUUUUAUUGUUCAACAAUCAUCUUAAUUUGAUAGAAUAUGUUUAAUAUUUCCUAACUCAUAGGAAAUUACUAAAUCGAAGCUCGUAAAAUGCGAUUUAUCAAAUAAAGAAUAUUUGAAAGAUAUUUUAAAAUAUGUGAACCCAAGAGGUGAUGUUGAAUCCAUAGAGCUUUUAGAUUAGGCUUUAGAAAUUCUUAAUAAAAGACAAGAAAAGAAUUUUAUUUCUCAAAUUUACUAUUUUACUGAAGGUUACAACAUAAAAAAAUCUGAUGAAAUGAUAAAUCUUUUAUAAAAAAAAAAUUAAUUUACAUAUUUCUUAAGCACAUUUCAUUUAAAAAAUAAUAAUUGCGACUCAAGUAUAUAAUAAAUUUCAUACUCUUAAUAGGGGGACUAUCACUUUAUUGAAGAUACUUCUAAUUUACCAUUGAUAGCUGCAAAAGCUCUAGGUCAGCUAAAAUCUACAGUAGGUUUUAAAUCAAGUGCCAUGAUUAUGCCAACUUUAGACAAAAAAUUUAUAGAAAAAAUAACUACAGAAAGGAGAUAUGGUGGUUCUGGAAUUUGGAAGGAAGAUGAUGAAUUGGAAGCUUAGUCUAUAGAUCUUUAUAAUUUGAUAGCAGGCUGCUCAAAAAAUUAUAGUUUGAGAUAUAGUUUCCCUGCAACUGGAUAUCUGAUAGGCGAUGAAUGGAUCGAAAAGCCAACAUUCAAAGCAGCUUGCUUAGUAUUUUUUGAAUCAUAAAAAUAUUAAUAAUAUAUUUAUAAUGAGUAAAUUAAAAAAGUUACAUUCGAAAACGGAGAUAUUUAUAAAACAGAGUAAGAAUCAUUAAUUAAUAAUCCUUACAACCCAACAGUAUUAAGAAAUUCUUUUAAAUAUUAAAUCAUUGAUAGUUUUGAAAUACUCAUCUAAAACUUGUAAGAUAAAUUAGAGAGCGAAUAUAGCUUAAUCAAAUUUGAGGAAAAUUUAGAAUCAAUUUUGUAAGAGUAUUUCGUUGAAAUUUCUCUUCAUUUUGAAGAAUUUUUGGAAGACAUCGCAUAAUUGCAUUAAAAAAUAUAAAAAAAUGGCAAUUAAUCAAUUAACAACAAUCUAAAUAAUUUAUUAAAUUCAUUUUUAAAUGCACACAAAUAUCAAAAAUCAUAAUUAUCAAAAACAGAUAUUUCGUUUAAUACUUAAAUAUCUGAGUAUUAUAUGAACUAUGCUUAGUUCUAUUUCUAAAGAAUAUGCUAAAAUUAAAUUGUUUGA